AUGGGGGAAGGCGAAAGCGUGGAGGUGCAGCAUCACCGCGGCGGCGGCGGCGGCCACGCGCCCUGCGGCUCGUCCGGCGCCGCCUCCUCGUGCGGCCGCCCCUCCACAUUCCAGGCCGGCGGCGGCGGGGGGCGCGGGCCCCUCCCGGCCGCCCCCAUGAGUCGCGAGCAGCUGGAGCCCUUCCUGGCCGCCCUCGCCGCCCUGCAGGAGGAGCAGCGGCGUGGCGGCGGCGGCGGCGGCGGCGGCUGUAGCGGCGGCGGCAGCAGCGGCGAGGCAAGUGACUCGUCGUCGUCCCUGGAUAACCUGUCGUGCGAGGUGCAGCCGCCCACCACGCCCAGGGCCUCCCUCGAGUCCCUGCAGGAGAGGGGCGUCGGGGGCGCCUCCGCGCGGAGGGCCACCUGGUGCAGCCCGGGGGGGGGGCGGGGCCACCUGCACCACCCCUCGCCCCUGCACCCCGCCCCCGAGCACCCCCUGCCGCCGCCGCCGCCCGCGCCCUCGGGGGACCGCCUGCCCUUCAGCGGCGCGCCGCAGGUGGCGCUCGGGCCGCACUUCGUCACCUUCCAGGUCGCGGGCGGCGGCGCCGAGCGCGGGGCCGGCGGCGGCCAUCCUGCGGGGGCGAGCACCGCGGGGCGACCCCCCCCUGCCCCCCACCUGGCCAGGCGCGCCUCGCAGUUCCUCCCCCCCAGCCCGGCCCCCCCGCACGGCCCCCCCUCCCUCCCCCCCCUGAAGGCCAGCCUGGACGACGCGGCGCACAGAGGGUCCUCGCACUCAGAGGGCACCAUAGGCCCCCGCCUGGAGGUCACGUGA